GACAGAAGGAGUAACGGAGAGGAGAGAAGUCCACGUAUUACCAUGCGGAGAUUUGGACUACAGAAACUUCAUGCCAAACCUCCGAAUAUUCGAGAUUAUUAAUAAUAAGAGAGGUGGCUCUGUGAAGAUCCCGGUACGAUGAUGGGGAAGUUCUCAGUGGCACUGCUCGUUCUGCUCCUGCAGCUCUUUUCUGGCUGCACAGGAAGCCAAAGGUUUGCGAGGGCUGCCUCCAUACAGUUCACCCACUCUGUUUACAAUGCCACCAUAUAUGAGAACUCUGCUGCUAAGACCUACCUGGAAAGUCAUACCAAGAUGGGGAUCUAUGUCACAGACCCAUCGUGGGAGAUACGGUACAAAAUAAUCUCUGGGGACAAUGAGAACUUGUUCAAAGCGGAGGACUACUUGUUGGGAGAUUUUAGUUUUUUACGAAUAAGGACCAAAGGAGGCAGCACUGCCAUUCUUAAUCGAGAGGUUAAAGACCACUAUAUGCUCACUGUCAAAGCUUCAGAGCGGAGCACCAAUUUGGAGUGUCGCACGAGAGUGAAAGUGCAGGUACUGGACACCAAUGACCUGAGGCCUCUCUUCUCACCGACAUCCUACAGCAUCUCUCUACCAGAGAACACGGCCAUACGCUCAAGUGUGGCCAAAGUCAUGGCAACAGAUGCAGACAUCGGUACGAACGGAGAGUAUUACUACAGCUUCAGAGAGUGGACGGACAUGUUUGCUGUUCAUCCGACGAGCGGGGUGGUGACGCUCACCGGCAAACUGGACUACUCUGAGACAAAGCUGUACGAGCUGGAGAUCCUGGCCGUGGACAGGGGCAUGAAGCUGUACGGCAGCAGUGGCUUCAGCAGCAUGGCCAAGCUUACCGUGCGGGUGGAGCAGGCCAACGAGCAUGCGCCUGUGAUCACUGCGGUAACCUUGUCGCCCUCCGAUGCAGAUCACGACCCGACGUACGCUGUUGUGACAGUGGAAGACAAAGACCUGGGACCAAAUGGAGAGAUUUCGUCACUGAGCGUCGUGGCCGGCGACCCACUGCAACAGUUUAAGGCUGUAAGAAGCAGCCCUGGGAGCAAAGAGUAUAAGAUAAAAGCUGUGAAGGAAGUGGACUGGGACAGCCAGCCAUUCGGAUACAACCUCACCUUACAGGCAAAGGACAAAGGCACCCCACCUCAGUUUUCGUCUGCUAAACUGGUACACAUCACCUCUGCGGAGUUCCAAAAGGGUCCGCCGGUAUUUGAAAAGGCAGUCUACAGAGUCAAUCUGAGCGAAUUUGCCCCUCUUCACACACCUGUGACGAUGGUGACAGCUGUGCCACGAUAUCCCCAUCAGAAUUAUGCCUUUAAGCACAAUUCUGACAAGAACAGAUUCAGCAUCAAUGCAGAUACUGGCUUAAUCAGCACAGCAGGACCAAUCAAUGCUGAUAUUUCGGCACAGUAUGAGCUAGAGGUGAUCACCAGUGACAAGAAAGCAGCCACGAAAGUGAUUGUUGAUGUGAUUGAUGUGAAUAAUAAUGCACCGGAGUUCCAGCAAACAUCCUACAAGGCCAGUGUUGAUGAGAACGUACCUAGUGGGACCAGUGUGGUAGCAGUCAAAGCCACUGAUCUAGACAAAGAGGAGAAUGGCUAUGUGACCUACAGCAUUACCAACCUGAGUCCCCAGCCUUUUGUCAUUGACUACUUUUCUGGUGUCAUCACCACUUCAGAGGUCCUGGAUUAUGAGCUCAUGCCCAGGAUUUACAAUCUGAAAGUCAGGGCAAGUGACUGGGGAUCCCCUUUCAGAAGAGAAGUGGAGGCAUCGGUUACCAUAACGUUAAAUAACCUGAAUGACAAUAAGCCUUUGUUUGAAAACAUUGACUGUGAGGUCACUGUGCCAAGGGAUCAUGGGGUGGGAGAGCAGAUUACAACAGCUUCUGCCAUAGACGCAGAUGAACUGCAGCUUGUACGGUACUUCAUUAAAUCCGGGAAUGAUCUUGAUCUAUUUGAAAUGAACCCAAACUCCGGCCUGCUGUCACUGAAGCGCACACUUAGUGAGGGGGAGGCGGCAAAAGUGUCAUUUCAUAGUUUACAGAUUGUUGCAACCGAUGGGGAACACGAGACUCGGCCAAUGACCAUGAACAUAACUGUCAUCACAGCACGCAAGCCCGUCCAGGUGAGAUGUGUUGAAACGGGUGUCGCCACCAUGCUGGCCGAGAAGCUGCUGCAGGGAAGCAAAAUCCACGGCCAGACUGAGCCAGAGGAUACCUACAUGGACAUUUAUUCAGUCAACCGGUACGCCCCUCUGUUUGAUGAGUCUUUCCCAAGUUUUGUUGAAGUUAGAGAGGACCUUCCUGUUGGAGCUCGGGUCAUUCAUUUAAGUGCAACAGACCCAGACAGUGGCUUCAAUGGAAAAUUAGUGUACGUUAUUUCAGGGGGAGACACAGAAAGUCGUUUUAUUGUCGACAUGGAAACCGGUUGGCUGUUAGUUUACUCUCCACUUGACCGUGAAAUGACAGACCACUACACCCUCAACAUUACUGUUUACGAUCUCGGGAUACCACAAAAAUCUUCUUCACGCCUGUUGGACGUGAAGAUCCUAGACACCAAUGAUAACAGCCCUCAGUUUUUGAAAGAUUCCUACUCGAUUGAAAUAAGCGAGAGCACAGCGGUUGGGACUGAAAUUAUCCAGGUGGACUCAACAGAUAGGGAUCAGGCGGACAAUGGAAUUGUCAAGUACUCCAUUUUAGGGGGCACAGAUCAUUUUGCCAUCAAUGAGAUAACCGGAGUGGUGACUGUGACGAAGCCGCUGGAUCGGGAGCGCUAUCCGUUUUAUGUUUUGAAGAUUGCAGCACGAGACCAGGCAGUGAGUGAGCCUCAGUUGGUGUCCACAGUUCCUCUUAAAAUUACCCUGGAAGAUGUGAACGAUAACCCUCCCAAAUUUGUUCCUCCUAAUUACCGUGUUAAAGUGAGAGAAGACCUUCCUAUCGGUACUGUAAUUAUGUGGCUGGAAGCGCACGACCCUGACGUUGGCGCUUCCAGUCAAGUACGGUAUAGCCUGAUUGAUAAUGGAGAUGGCCACUUUGAAGUGGACAAACUCAGUGGAGCGCUUCGGAUUGUCCAAAAUUUGGACUAUGAGACUAAACAGGUGUAUAACCUGACAGCCAAGGCCAAAGAUAAAGGAAAGCCAAUAUCUCUGUCCUCGACCUGUUUCAUUGAGGUGGAGGUGGUGGACGUGAAUGAGAACCUCUACAGGCCUUUCUUCCGGUCAUUUGUGGAAAAGGGAUUUAUAAAAGAGGACGCCCUCAUUGGCACUUCUGUGAUGACUGUUUCAGCUGAAGACGAAGACUCAGGACGAGACGGAGAGAUUCGCUACUCCAUAAGAGAUGGAUCUGGCUUAGGAUUUUUUUCCAUUGAAGAAGAAACUGGUGUCAUUCGAACGCAAGAACUGCUGGAUCAUGAGACGACCCCACACUACUGGCUCACGGUCUACGCGAUGGAUCGUGGUGUGGUGCCCCUCUCAGCUUUUGUUGAGGUUUACAUAGAUGUACAGGACGUCAACGACAAUGCACCGCAGACCUCUGAACCUGUCUACUACCCGUCUGUCAUGGAGAACUCCCCAAAAGACGUGUCGAUCAUCCAGAUUAACGCAGCUGAUCCUGAUUCGAAGGCCAGUGACAGGCUCAGCUACAAGAUCACCAGUGGGAAUCCACAAGGCUUCUUUGCCAUCAACACCAAAACCGGUUUGGUUUCCACCACGUCAAGGAAACUUGACAGGGAGCAACAAGACGAGCACAUACUUGAGAUAACCAUCACUGACCAUGGCGUUCCUCCCAAAUCCACCACUGUCCGCGUCAUCGUCCAGGUCCUGGAUGACAACGACAACAGGCCGCUGUUCCUGGAGAAGAUCUACAAGAUCCGACUGCCAGAGCGCGAGAGACCCGAGAGAGAGCGAGCCACCAAGAGAGACCCCGUGUAUCGGGUGAUUGCAUCGGAUCGGGACGUUGGGCCCAACGCCGAAAUUUCCUACAGCAUUGAGGAAGGAGACGAACAUGGCAAGUUUUUUAUUGAGCCCAAGACCGGCCUGGUGUCGUCCAAGAAGUUCUCCUCUGCCGGAGAAUACGACAUCCUCACGAUUAAAGCGGUCGACAACGGACGACCUCAGAAAUCGUCUACUUGUCGCCUUCACAUCGAGUGGAUUCCCAAACCAGAGGUGCCAGCUGAUGCAUCUCCCCUGCGGUUCGAGGAGUUUCCCUUCACCUUUUCGGUCAUGGAAAGUGACCCGGUGGCACACAUGGUGGGCGUUGUUGCCACCGAGUCCUCUGAUGUUCCAGUGUGGUUCGAGAUCACAGACGGCAGUGAGGAUUCUGAGAUGUUUUACAUCCUUCAGAUGGCUUGUGACCACAACUGUACAGCAGAAGGUGGUAAUUACGACAGCCGCUUUGACGUGGGCAAGGCCAGUGGAACCUUGAUUGUUGCACGGCCCCUGGACGCAGAGCAGAAAUCAAAUUACAACCUGACAGUGGAAGCCACAGAUGGGACACGAACUGUCAGCACUCAGGUGCUCAUCCGGGUCAUCGAUACCAACAACCACCGGCCACAGUUCACCCAGCAGGUGUACGUUGUGAACGUCCCUGAAGACGAGCCAGCGGGCACCGAGGUCCUGCAGAUCAGCGCCGUGGACAGAGAUGAGAAAAACAAACUGACCUACACGCUCCUGAGCAGCACCGAUCCCUUCAGCCUGCGCAAGUUCCGGCUGGACCCAGGAUCAGGCAUCCUGUUCACCACAGAGCGGCUGGACCAUGAGACCAUGCAUCGCCACAUCCUCACUGUGAUGGUUCGGGAUCAGGACAUUCCAGUCAAAAGGAAUCUCGUCCGUGUCAUUGUUGACGUGGAUGACACCAAUGACAAUGCACCUUGGUUUAUAGGGACACCUUACUCUGGUCGGGUGUUUGAAUCAGCUGCCAUCGGCUCAGCUGUGCUGCAGGUCACUGCUCUCGACAAAGACAAGGGCUAUAAUGCAGAAGUCAUCUACAGCAUUGAGUCUGGUAACGUUGGGAACUCUUUUGCUAUUGACCCUGUUCUUGGAACAAUCACAGUGGCCAAAGAGCUUGAUUGCAGCAGCAAAUCAGCAUUUGAACUGAUCGUAAAAGCCUCUGAUAAUGGAGCGCCGCCAUUAUCCUCUACUGUCAUCGUAAACAUUGCUGUUACAGUCUCUGACAAUGCAGCCCCCAGAUUCACUGAAAAGGAGUUUUCUGCCGAGGUCAGCGAGUUAGCCCCUCCAGGAAGCUUUGUGAGCAUGGUCACAGUCAUCAGCCAGUCUUCCGUUUUCUACCAGAUUAAAGGAGGCAAUGUCCACAACGUGUUUGACAUCAACCCAAACUCAGGAGUGGUUGUAACACAGCUGCCUUUAGAUUACGAGACUAUGUCUGAAUACAAGCUCAUCAUCCAGGGCACCAACAUGGCCGGACUUGGCACUAACACCACCCUUCUGGUCCAUCUGAAGGAUGAAAACGACAAUGCUCCGGUCUUCAGUCAGAGGGAAUUCAAGGGAGUAAUCAGUGAGCUGGCCUCCAUCAACAGCGUUGUGCUGACUCAUGAAAACACCCCUUUUGUCAUUCAUGCCUCUGAUGCAGACUGUGACCAGAAUGCCAGACUAAUUUAUCAAAUCGUUGAACCUUUUGCUCAUAACUAUUUUGCCAUUGACUCAAGCACUGGAGCCAUCAGAAGCACAGCAGCUUUGGAUUAUGAACAGAGAAGCGUUUUCCGCUUCACGGUUCAGGUUCAUGAUCUCGGAAUGCCUCGCCUGUUUUCAGAAACGGCAGCCAAUGUGACCAUCGAAGUAAUUGACGUUAAUGACUGUCCACCCCUUUUCAGCCAAGAACUAUACGAGGCGGCCGUCAUCAUGCCAACCUACAAAGGAGUAGAGGUAGUUCAAGUGAAUGCCACAGACCUAGACUCUGGGCCUAACUCCAAACUACUUUUCUCCAUCUCCGAGGGAAACAUAGGCGACAAGUUUAAAAUUGAUCCGGUCACGGGCAUCAUCUCCAUCCAGAACGUCACUCAGCUCAGGAGCAGAUACGAGUUAAAGGUCAGAGUUUCUGAUGGGAGAUUUGCCAGUGCAGCUACAGUGAAGGUCACUGUAAAGGAAAAUAAGAAGAACAAGAGGAAGUUCACUCAGGAGUCAUACCAAGCUUACAUUCAAGAGAACUCCUCUGAAAAGAAAACGCUUGCAGUAAUCACUGCUGUUGGGAACCAAGUGAAUGAGCCUUUGUUUUAUAGAAUAUUAAACCCGGACAACAGGUUUAAAGUCAGCAGCACCUCAGGAGUCGUCUCAACCACUGGGAUUCCUUUUGAUCGAGAAGCUCAGGACUCCUAUGACAUCAUCAUUGAGGUCACCGAAGAGAAGAAAUCAGAGGAAACUGCUCAUAUUUUAGUUACUGUUACCGUGGAAGAUGUAAAUGACAACAAGCCGAUGUUUGUCAACCUGCCCUAUCAUGCCCUGGUGCAAUUUGAUGCUGAGAAAGGUCAUGUCAUUAGACAGGUCACAGCAGUGGACAAAGAUAUAGGCCCAAAUGCAGACAUCCAUUACUCUCUGAAAGAGCCUGAGGAUCACUUUGAAAUCCACCCAUCUGGUGAAAUUCUGCUCAAAAAGAAGUUUGAGAAAGACUCACUCGACACAAAGUUUGUUCUUGUUGUUUUGGCAAGGGAUAAUGGGAAACCUCCUCUCUCAGCUGAAGUUGAAGUGCCUGUAACAGUGGUGAGCAAAGCAAUGCCUGUGUUUGAGAGGCCUUUUUACAGCAUUGAAAUCCCUGAAAACAUUCAGCUGCACUCCCCUGUGCUCCAUGUGCAAGCCAAUGACUCAGAGGGGCCUCGCAUCGUGUACACCAUUUCUGAAGGAGACCCUUUCAAACAGUUCUCGAUUGAUUUUAACACUGGGGUCAUUCACGUAAUUCAGCCUUUAGACUUUGAGACACAUCCUGCUUAUAAGCUAAACAUAAGGGCCACAGACUCUCUGACCGGAGCUCACUCUGAGGUGUUUGUUGAUAUAAUUCUGGAAGAUGUCAAUGAUAAUGCCCCGGUGUUCCUGUCAAAUUCCUACUAUGCCAAUAUUUCCGAGGCUGCUGUUAUUGGCACAUCGGUGUUGCAGGUGGUUGCCAGAGAUUCUGACACUGGCAACAACAAGGAAGUAUUUUAUCAGCUGGUUGAGGAGAGAGGGAAGAGCUCAGACUAUUUUACUAUUGACCGUGAGUCUGGAGUAAUCUCCACAAGUCAAGUUCUCGAUCAUGAAGAAGUCCAGCAACACAAGUUGAGAGUCCGGGCUGUAGAUGGCGGCGUCCCAGCUCUGAUAAGUGACAUCACUGUGACGGUAGAUGUUACAGAUCUGAAUGACAAUGCUCCUGUUUUUACUCAACACGCUUACCAAACCACCAUCAGUGAAUUAGCCCCACGCGGGCACUUCGUCAGCCAGGUCCAAGCUUCCGAUGCCGACAGUUCAGAUGCAAAAAAGCAGUUUUUCUCAAUUAUAGAUGGAAAUGAAGAGCAGAACUUUGCUAUCAACAAGCAGACUGGUGCCAUCGUUAUUUCAAAUCAUCGCCGGCCACACAUGCAGCCUUUUUACAAUCUUACCAUAGCAGUGUCAGAUGGUGUAUUUAGAAACUCAGCUGUUGUUAUGGUGACAGUUUUUGGGGCCAACUUCCACAACCCCACCUUUUCACAGACUGAGUAUAUGGUAGAGGUAAUUGAGAACUCCCCUGUUGGCACCCUAGUAGCACAUGCAGAGGCAACUGAUGAUGAUGAAGGAAUCUACGGCCAGAUCACAUACCACAUUGUCAACGAAUUAGCUAAAGAAAAGUUUUCUAUCAAUGGAAAAGGAGAGAUUUUCACCCUUCAAAGUCUUGAUCGUGAAAACACAGUUGAGAAGGUAAUUCCCAUAUCUCUGAUAGCGAAAGACGGAGGCGGAAAAGUAGGUUUUUGUGUUGUCAAUGUAAUUGUCACAGAUGCAAAUGACAACUCUCCACAGUUCAGAGCAGCUGAGUACAAAGCCACCAUUGCAUCAGAUGCCCCAAGAGGAACAACUGUGCUCAAAAUUUCCGCCUCAGACACAGAUGAGGGAAGUAACGCUGACAUAGAGUACUCCAUUGAAGCAGAUGUUGGAAAUGUUGGGGAGAACUUUGAAAUCCACAAAACCUCUGGGGUCAUCGUUACCAAAGAAAGCCUGAUUGGACUUGAAGAUGAGCUCUACGCAUUCUUUGUAAAGGCAAAGGACACUGGGAAUCCACCCAGACAUUCAGUUGUCCAGGUUUACAUUAGGAUUGUCUCACCAGAGAUGCCACUUCCCAAGUUUGCAGAACCGUAUUAUCGUCAUACUGUUGCUGAGGACCUUCCCAUUGGAACAGAAAUAGAUAUAAUUCAGGCAGAGAGCGAACAGGCAGUCGUUUACAGCCUCAUGAGAGGCAGCACUCCAGAGAGCAAUGAGGAUGAAGUGUUUGUUGUUGACAGAGAUACUGGAGCCUUGAAGCUUGAGAAAAGAUUGGACCAUGAGACGGCCAAGUGGUACCAACUAACUUUACUCGCUCAAACUAAGCAUGAAACUUAUGAAAUAGUUGCUUCAGUAAAUGUAAAUAUCCAAGUGAAAGAUGUCAACGACAACAAACCAAUCUUUGAAGCUGACCCUUAUGAGGCUGUCACUGUUGAAAAUCUUCCAAGUGGGACCCAAGUUAUUCAAGUCAAAGCCACUGACCUCGACUCCGGAACCAACGGCCACGUUGUCUACAGCCUGGACCCCACGCAGACCUCACAGGAGAUCUUCGAGCUGUUCGCUGUUAACAGUGAGACAGGAUGGGUGACCACCUUAAAGGAGCUCGACCGUGAAAAAACAGAAAAAUACAUCAUAUCUGUUCUUGCCACUGACCAAGGCGAUGCAGUUCAGCACGUUACCAGCACCAGUGUGGAGGUGACUGUGGCCGACGUGAACGACAAUCCGCCUCGAUUCACCGCAGAAAUCUAUAAAGGCACGGUCAGUGAGGAUGACCCCCCACCCAGUGGGGUGAUCGCCAUCCUCAGCACCACUGAUGAGGAUUCAGAAGAGAUGAACAAACAAGUGAACUACUUUAUCACAGGAGGUGACCCACUUGGCCAGUUUGCCAUUGAGCACCUGCAAAAUGAGUGGAAGGUCUCUGUCAGGAAGCCGCUGGACAGAGAAGUAACAGACAAUUAUCUCCUAAACAUCACUGCCAGCGAUGGCAUCUUCACCGCGAAAGCCGUCGUAGAAGUCAAGGUGUUGGAUGCCAAUGAUAACAACCCAGUGUGUGAGAAGUCCAUCUACAGCGAGAGCGUCCCAGAGGACUCCCCGGCUGGCAGGCUCAUCCUGCAGGUCUCUGCCACAGACGCUGACAUCCGCUCAAACGCCCAAAUCUCUUACGAGCUCCAGGGAGCUGGAUCGGAAUAUUUCAUCAUUGACUCAGACACAGGAGAGUUGAAGACCUUGCAGCCACUUGACAGGGAGGAGCAAGAUGAGCACAAGUUCAUAAUGAGAGCAGUGGACGGAGGAGGGCGAUACUGUGAAGCUGAAAUUCGCAUCACCGUGGAGGACGUCAACGACAACCCGCCGCAGUUCUCAUCCGAGACUUACUCCAUCACGGUGUUCGAAAACACGGAGACCGGCACACUGGUUGGAAGACUGCUGGUGAAUGACGUUGAUACAGGUCUUAACGGUGACAUCGUCUACUCCCUGGCUGACUCUGCUGAUGGGUUCUUCUCCAUUGAUGAGCAAAGCGGCGUGAUCACCCUGGAGCGCCCCCUGGACCGCGAAGUGCAGUCAGUGUAUGAGCUGAAGGCCCAUGCCAGCGACCGGGGCUCUCCACGUCACUCCUCGCUGUGCGAGGUGGUGGUCUCGGUGCUGGACAUCAACGACAACCCACCGGUGUUCGAGCACAGGGAGUACAUGGCCAACCUGUCCGAGGACGUGGCAGUGGGCACUCAGGUGGUCCGAGUGCAGGCGGCCAGCCGCGACGCCGACGCUAACGGGGAGAUUUCCUACAGUAUCAUCAGCGGGAACGAACACGGCAGGUUCAGUGUGGACCCCCGCACUGGCGAUGUAUUUGUGAUCGAAGCUUUGGACUAUGAGGCAUCUCAUGAAUACUAUAUCACCGUGGAGGCCACAGAUGGAGGCUCCCCUCCACUCAGCGACAUCGCUACUGUGAAUGUCAACCUUACUGAUGUCAAUGACAACAAGCCCGUCUUCAGCCAGGACAUCUACACCACAGUCAUCAGCGAGGACGCCGAGCUCGGGAAAGCCGUAUUAACAGUGAUGGCCGAGGAUUCUGAUGGACCGUCCCACAAUCACAUCCGCUACUCCAUUGUGGACGGCAACCAAGGCAGCCCGUUCACCAUGGAGCCGCUGCGGGGGGAGCUUAAAGUCGCUCGCCAGCUGGACAGAGAGAGAAUGUCUGGGUAUACUCUGAAGGUGGUCGCCGAGGACAACGGGGUGCCCCCUCUCUCCAGCAGCGCAAUAAUCAACAUUGACAUCUCAGAUGUCAAUGAUAACCCACCCCUUUUCUCCCAGGCCAACUACAGCCUCAUCAUCCAGGAGAAUCGACCAAAAGGCACAAGCAUUCUUCAGCUAGCCGUGAGCGAUCGUGACGCUUCACACAACGGCCCACCUUUCACCUUCGCCAUCGUGGAGGGGAACGAGGGCAGCGUUUUCCACAUCAACCAGCAGGGAGCGCUGGUGACCACAGGGGUGCUGAGCAGGAAAACUAAAGAGCACUACUUACUUCAAGCGCAGGUGUCUGACAGUGGCAAUCCUCAGCUGUCCUCCACCGCCUUCAUCAGCGUGCGAAUCAUCGAAGAGAGCGUUUAUCCCCCCGCCGUACUCCCGCUGGACAUUUUUGUUUCUGUUGCUGCCGAUGAGUACCCCGGGGGCGUGUUGGGAAAGAUCCACGCCACUGACCAGGACAUUUACGACACCCUCACCUACAGCCUAGCUGCCCUCGCUUCCUCGCCAGCAGACGAGAGUGGAGCCUUGUUUUCGGUGUCGGCCUCAGACGGCAAAAUCAUCGCCCUGCGGCCGCUCGACGUGGGCCAGUACCCUCUGAAUGUGACGGUGACUGAUGGACGCUUCACAACGCCGGCGGACGUCAAUGUGCACAUUCGCCAAGCGACUCGUCAGGCCUUGGACAACUCCAUCGCGGUGCGCUUCGGAAACAUCGCUCCAGAGGAGUUCAUUGGGGACUACUGGAGGAACUUCCAGCGGGCGCUCAGGAACAUCGCCGGGGUCCGUAGGAGCGAGGUCCAGUUGGUGAGCCUUCAGCCGGAACAAGGGGAUCUGGAUGUCCUGCUGACUCUGGAGAGAUCUGGGAGCCCCUACCAGUCCCAGGAGGUUGUCUUUCGCAAGCUUAACUCCUCCGUGGCAAUGAUCGAGGACAUGAUCGGGGUCCGCAUCGUGCGUGUGGUUCAGAAGCUGUGCGCGGGUCUGGAUUGCCCUCUGCACUUCUGCGACGAGGUCAUCUCCCUGGAUAAAACCGUCAUGUCCACAUACAGCACCGCCCGCCUCAGCUUUGUCACGCCGCGGCACGUGAGGACGGCCACUUGCCAGUGUGACGGCGGAAAGUGUCCUGUCCUGAACAACCUGUGCGAGAACAGCCCCUGUCCAGAGGGGAUGGACUGUGUGGCUGACCCCAGAGACACCGUCUACAGCUGUGUGUGUCCGGAGGCCAAAAAGGGCAAAUGUUCCGAUGGCCACUCACUGACCUUCAGUGGAAACGGUUAUGUGAAGUACCGUCUGAUGGAGAACGACAACAAGGAGCUGAUGAAGUUGUCUCUGAGGCUGCGGACCUUCUCCAGUCACGCCACUGUCAUGUACGCGAAAGGGACAGACUACAGCAUCCUUGAGAUUGUAAACGGACGGCUGCAGUACAAAUUUGACUGCGGUAGCGGCCCCGGCCUGGUGUCGGUCCACAGCGCCCAGGUUAACGACGGGGAGUGGCACUCUGUCUUCCUGGAGGUGGACGGUAAUUAUGCCAAGCUGGUGCUGGACCAGGUGCACGCCGCCUCGGGCACGGCUCCGGGCACCCUGCGCACGCUCAACCUCGACAACAACAUUUACUUUGGCGGACACGUCCGCCAGCACUCCUCGCAGCGUCUGGGCCGCAGCCUGCCCGCCAUCAACGGGCUGCGCGGCUGCAUGGAGGCCAUGGCGCUGAACGGCCUGGAGCUGCCGCUGAACAGCAGGGCCCGGCGGGCGCAGGCCGUGCUGGAGGACAUGGUGGACGUGACUCCGGGCUGUGCCCUCGCACCUCAAGAGAGUUGCUCCAGCAACCCCUGCACCAACGGAGGGAGCUGCGUCUCUUUGGUCAACGGAGGUUACUUCUGCAAGUGUCCUUCCUCCUUCAUGGGCUCCCAGUGUGAGCUUGCAAUAAGCCCCUGCGCCUCCAACCCCUGCCUGUAUGGCGGCACCUGCGUUCCCCGAGCCGACGACUUCUACUGCCAGUGCCGAGGCCAGUACUCCGGACAGAGGUGCCAGUUGGGGCCGUACUGCAGAGACAAUCCCUGUAAAAACAGCGGGACGUGUAUCGACAGCCUGGAUGGCCCGGUGUGCGAGUGUGUAGCUGGUUUCCAGGGAGACAGGUGCCUGAGCGACGUCGAUGAGUGCAUCAAGAACCCGUGUGCCAACGGAGGCCAGUGCCAGAACACAUACGGCUCCUUUAAGUGCAACUGCUCUCUGGGUUUCCGCGGGCAGAAGUGUGAGCUCCCAGAGGAGGUGCAGAAUCAGUUUGUCUCCACGCCCUGGAACAUCGGCCUGGAGGAGGUGAUCGGCAUUGUGGUCUUCGUGUUCAGCAUCUUCAUCCUGGUCCUCCUCUUCAUCAUCAUCCGAAAGAGAGCGUGCCGCAGCAAGUCGAAGUCAGGCGGCGCCGACAAGCACGCCAGCGGCUCCGGCGUGCCUCACUCCUUCCUCCAGAGGCCGUACUUCGACUCCAAGCUCAACAAGAACAUCUACUCUGACAUCCCCCCUCAGGUCCCUGUGCGCCCCAUCUCCUACACUCCCAGCAUUCCCAGCGACUCGCGAAACAACUUGGACAGGAACUCGUUCGAAGGCUCCACCAUCCCGGAGCACCCGGAGUUCACCACUUUCAACCCGGACUCUGUUCACGGCCACCGGAAAACCGUGGCGGUGUGCAGCGUGGCGCCCAACCUGCCCCCACCCCCUCCAUCCAACUCUGUGUCAGACAGCGACUCCAUACAGAAACCCAACUGGGACUAUGACUACGACACUAAAGUGGUGGACUUGGAUCCCUGCCUGACCAAGAAGCCAGUGGAAGAGAGCGCCUGUCAGCUGUACAACACCAGAGGCAGCAUGUCUGAGGUCCACUCGCUCAGUUCCUUCCAGUCGGAGUCAUGUGACGACAACGCCUCCAUUGUGACAGUAAUCCACCUUGUCAAUUCUGUUGUUGACACUGUGGAAGGAGAAGAGUCUUUUUUGGCUCAUGAUCUCAAGAACCCGAGAGGAUAUCACUGGGACACAUCUGAUUGGAUGCCAAGUGUUCAGCUUCCUGGAAUCCAGGAGUUUCCACAUUAUGAGGUGGUGGAGUCUCCCGCGCCUCAGUACAACGAUCCGAGCGCCAUGGACACCGACUACUACCCCGGCGGCUUUGACAUCGAGAGCGACUUCCCUCCACCGCCGGACGACUUCCCCGUAAAUGACGACCUUCCGCCGCCGCCUCUGCCAGAGUACGGCGACCGCUGCGACACGCUGCGCUCCCUGAACAGAGAGCUGGAGAAGACCGGCUCAGGAAGCUCCGGCCGCCGGCGCCCGGCCCGUCCCCAGCAUUACAGCCUUAACCAGUACCUGCCGCAUCACUCCUACCCGAGCAGCGGUGGCUGCGACACCGAGGGCCAGGGCGCAUCCUCCGCUUCCGCUGCCGUCACCCCGGCCUCCACCGUGGGCAAUGGUGGCUACAGAGGGGAGUACGCCUUAGGCUGCGGCCGGGACUUUGACUCUUCCGCUCUGGACGACAUGUCCAUGUCUCUGUACGCCUCCACAGCCUCCUGCUCAGACAUGUCGGCGUGCUGCGAGGAGUCGGAGGCCAUGAUGAGCGACUACGAGAGCGGCGAGGAGGGCCACUUUGAACAGCUGACCAUCCCGAUGCUGAACUCCCAACAGCACACUGAAGUCUGACACUGGAUCCAAACAAAAGUGCCUGAACCCACAGCUACACAUACCACCAACACUAAUAACACACAGUAUGUGGACACCAGAGAGCACCACACAGAGAGCUGACCGGAGUUGGAAGGGGCGGCUCGGGGAUUCUGGGAGGUUCUGCUCAUUCCUGCUUCGUCGUUUUGUAUCUUUCUGGAUUUGGUCGUUUCUUAGAACGUUUGAGCCGCUUUGACAACAAAUGAUUCAAAGUUCAUCUCCUUAAGCUACUGGUAGUCUGCAACAAUGAAAUGAUUAUUUGAUUUCAGUAAAUAACAAGAGAUUGCUUAAAAUGAUGUCCCUGUGAUCAGUGAUUCUAGGAUGUCAUGUUUCUUAUAAAGCUGGUAGUUUGAGCGUCGGUACGAAGCUGACAAUGGGCCAAAGCGAUACAGUUUAUAUUAUUGAAUUUCUCUUUGGGAUCAAUAAAGUAUUUUGGAAUUGGAUUGAAGUUGCUAGCUGAUUCUCAAAGUCGUUUCUGAAAAGUUGUUGAAAAGUUAGUUCCAUCAAGGCCUACAUCAUUUACCUACAUCAAACCUUCACACACAGUUAACAGCAGGUUGCUCUGUCACACAUUUCUCUUCAUGUAGAACCCUGUGAAUGUUAGCCGGACAGAAAUGACGACUGUUUGGUACGAAACAGAGGCACGAAUGAGCAGAAGGAGGAACAAGAGACCAGAGAGAAUAUCAAGAAGUAAAAGGAGCCGUUUUGUUGCUUCUCCCUCUGCCCCUUUAAGACGACAUCACCAGUACUUUAAAAGAGACCUAUUAUGCUUUGCUUUUCUGUUCUAGAAAUAGAAUCCCCCAGUUUGGACUUUCAUGUAAAUCAAAGUUUAUAUAAUUAAAUUAAAAAAAGAAAAAGAAGAAUGAAAACAGUUAAUGUGAGCAAAAUCAGUUCAGUCUGAAUCUGUUAGCAGCUCCAGCGCAUCCAGAAACAUUUGAGCAGAAUGAUGCUUUGACCUUCUAUGCACUAAAACUACUGAGAGGCAAACCGUAGAGCGUCACAGCCUGGAGGACCUGUGGUGUCACAGACAGCAGGUUCCUCCUCGGUUUCCUCAUCAACACCUGUGAACUUGGGCAUUUCUGAAGAGUAGCUGCAGGAUUUAGAUUGGAAGUUUCAUCUUGCUGCGCUGUCACUGUUACAGUCCAUGUUGUUGCAGUUUAUUCUUUUACAUUUCCGGGGAUGUUGUCGUUUUAGCUGGAGCUCAUUUACAAAACAGAUUUAACUGAUUAAAUCACUAAAACAAAACCUAAAUUAAUGGAUGGAAAAAGAAUGGAGCAAAGUGGAGCUACAGGGGGAACAAAAGAGAAAAAGCUGAAAUGGAGCAUAAUAUGUCUCAUUUAAGUUCAAUCUUUAUUUUGCUAACAAGGUGAGUUUUCUGAAGGAUCAACAUUUCAGUGUAGAACAGAAAAUCAUUCUAGAAAAUAAAAAUCGUGACAAUAUUUUUGUUUCAAUAAGACAAAAAAAAAGAAAAAGACAAGCGAGAUGUUUUUAUACGAAUCCUCAUUUUCAGUGUAAAUCUAUGUGUACAGUUUUGAUUUCAAGAUUUACUAGGUUUUGUAGAUAUUCUAUGCUUUUAUUUUCAAUGAAAAAAACUGAUUAAAUGGUGUGAAAUCAACCAUUCUGUGCUUUCAUUCACAAAAAAAAAGAGAAGCGAGGCUUUUCUGAUCACAGUGUACUCGUUAAAAAAGUUUAUCGUCUCUAAAUGCUCUUUCCAGAAAUGGGUCUUCAGUGAACGACUGCAUAAUCUUGUUAUUUUUUUUCUUCUGUUUGUACAUUUUGAUUCUGAAUCUUGUUUAUUUUUCCACCGAGAUAAUGGGACCCGAUAUAUUUAUAGUGCAGAGUUAUUCAUGGGCACCGGGGGGCGUUUUUCAUGUGUCUGUGUGUGUCUGAGCAACGCUAUGGUCUUGUUAAGGUUUUUAUUGAGUACUGCCACAAGCUCACGCUUUCCUACUGGCAAUAAAUUAUUCCUAAAAAAUGCAAA